AAGCAAUCGAAUCCAUGAAUACUCAUAAUAGCAUAUUCGCUUUUCUCAACGUCUUAAGUUUAAUUAUAGAACUCAAACUCCACACAGCUAGCUUCUUCCUUUUUUUGCUCGUCCACAAUGAAGACUGGUCAUUUUGACUAUUCGCAUUCAAUUCAGCACGAAAUGACAAAUUCACAUCGGACAUCGGAUGCCGGGGACCUUCCGGUCGAAGCAACCCGAGAAAAGCGCCUACUCGAGUUCUACGAGAGGCAUCGUCAAUCUCAGCUUGCGUUCUGUUCUGCAUUCCAUGCAGCUCUGCCCCGUGAGCUAAGAGAUAUGGUUUAUGACCAGAUCGUUACCCCACACAAGCAACAUUACGUUCUGAAAGCGCAUGAAACCUUCAACGAUGAAACUGGAAAACUAGGCCACCCUUUCUUUGAUGCUCACCUACCCAUGCCAGAAGAUCCUGGUAUGCGUAGCGACGUGUGGAAGUUUGUCGAAUACACAGGCGAAGCAGUGGGCAAAGAGAUAGCCGAGCACUGGUAUCGUACCGGUCGCUUCAAUUUUGAUCCCGAGGAUUGUCUGUUGAAGAGGUUUCUUACGACAGAUGUCUGGCACCGAGGGAUCGUCCCUGCAGACGUUGUUCAUUGGCUCCUCAUGAGUUUCAAUCCUAUACCAUACAUUGUCCCUACUGAUUCCAUGGAGGCCGACCUGGAAAGCUUGUUCACGAUAUCAAACAAGAAUUGUGUCCUCGUUUUCAAAAUCGACAAGCAAAGAUAUCACGCUGCGUCGGGGAGUCGCGGCAUGUUAUCCAUGUUAGCGUUAAUCGCACCAUACGUCUAUCGUCUGCGCACUGAGGGCUUUAGCAGAGUGGCAGCGUAUCAAGACUUGAUCGAUCUGCAUAGCAAACCGUUCCCGUGGACGUUCUGUCCAUGGGAUAUCACGUAUUUCUUUGAGAUGGUGCAGGAGGAAUUCGAAACAGUGUUUCGCAAGGAGUUUGGACGCGAUGAUGAACGAGAUAAAAGGAUCGCCGAAGUGAUCUUUAGACGUCCUGGUGCUGAAUCAGAUGGUGAAACCGAUUGAGGGUAGUCUAUGACCAUGAGAGCAUUCUCUUUGGACGGCUAUCAAGCUGGAUCGUAUCAAUGUGUACAAAUUUUGACAGACCCGACUCGGUGUAUACAAAUGUGCAAUGCCCUUC